AAUGACUGGAAUUGAUGGAAGUAGAGCAAAUGCUGGUUCAACUUGCAAUACACCAAGAUCUAUUCUGUUGUCUAAAUUGAAAAUGUUGAAAAAUGAGAAAAAUUUGAAUAUCAUAUGUUAUGCUGCUUGUAGAGCAUCAGGCUUGACUGGAGUAUGUGCAAGUAGAUGUGGUGUAACCAGAUUUUUUGAACUCAGAAAAUAA